CAAACACGCCCUUAGUGCAACAGCUAACCUCACUUAGUUCUUAAUUUUCAGUUUUUCCUACUCUCUGCGGUAAAAGGUGGAGAGAGGGAGAGAGAGAAUGGGGAGAGGGAGAAGGCCAAUCUUAAUGGGGUUGGCGCUGGUUAUGGUGCUGGGUAUUGCCGUCUACUUGAGGCUUUGGACUAUCGAUUACCGUAUUUCUUCUACUGAGAGUGAGUUAAUAAGAAGGCAAUUCGAUCUUGCUAACAAAGAAGCAAUGGAUGAAUCUGCGGAGUGGAGACACAGAUAUGAUGAGGAGGUGGAUAGGGCUGCUAAAUGUUUUAAGGAACUGAUAGAGAUGAAGGAAUCUCUCAAGACAAAGGAGGUGGAUGCAGAAACUACUCUUAACAAGAAAAUGGAAAUGUUACAAAAGGAAAACAUGGACUUGCUUGAACGGGUUGAGUCGACGAAACAAGAACUUGAAGCUGAGAAGUUGAAGUGUAGCAUGCGACAGAUCUAGCACUCAUUGGAAGUUUUAUAUCAGGUGGAGAGAUAUUUUAAGUAGACUUCACCCCCAAAUCAUUCACGACGUUGAUGACUGACAAUUUUGCGGAUAAAGGGGAUUCUUGUGUGACAAAUAUACUUCCGUAGCACAAAUUUUACGGUAUGCUCAUGUCAGCGACACCAUGAAAAUAAUAUUUUUGGAAUGAGAUAGAUAUACCGGCUCUUACUGUGUUCAAGGAUGGUACAUAGUUAGAUCAUACUCUCUGCUCGGGGCCUUUGCACUAGGCAUCUCUUAUCACCAUGGUCAAGUCAAGAUUUCUUUGAAACAUUUUGGGGGUUUGUACCAUUUUCGAAUCUGACAAGUAACAGUCGGUUUUAAUUCGUUAAUUCCAUGUUGGAUUCAUGUUACAUCUAAAACUCACUAGUCUUGUCUGGUGUUCCUUGCUUGAGAUAUGCAAAUUUGAAUAGCCAUCUGCUUUCCAGGAUAAAUCUGAUUUAUCGAGGCGUAACAGUG